GUCUCAGAGAAAGGAAGACCCACAGUUGAGUUUGACAGCCCUGGAGGUCACUAGUUUGAGGGGCGAGACCGAGAGAGGACUGAGGUACAAACAAGUCAGGCUUCUCUUGAACGUGAAACAUUGUUGUCUGGGGGUAAUUAUGCUUUUUGAUGGUGGAUUAGUGACUAAUCAGAGAUGUCCAUCUGUCUAGUGACCAUGUGAAAUUGAACCUCAUGGGUUGAACUUGUCUCAGGAUCAUGAGAGCAUAUCGGAAGUGAACUGCAUCAUAGGGAUUUGGUUGGAAAAUGGGGAUUUCUCAAAAUCAUUUCCCUCAGCUGUGCUCUGCACUUAAACAAGAUUGACUCAAGCCAUCAUGCUUCCUGGUUUUUGACAGACAUUUCUCAUCUGUCAAGGACAUAUUUGUCGUCUCGGCGCAUGAGCGAACUUAUACAUACUCACGUACAAUAUUUCCCCGGAACUCGAACCAACGAUCUUACAGAGAUAUAUUCUCUCUUCUCGUGUUUGAAAACAUUUUUGUUCGCCAAUAUCUUCUCAAGCUAUGCCACCCAAAUCUCGAUGGAUUACAAUCGUUUCCAGACCAAGGUCAUUUUGACCACGUUCGUUGCCACCGUGUUUUGCUUUAAUGCCUAUCAAGCCCACAUUUUUCGAACCCAAAGUAACUUAGAAGCACCUCCAAAUCGUGAGCGAGUUCCAGUCGAGACCAAAACCCGAGGUCAUGGUCCCUUUGAGACUCCUCGAGGCAAGAUCAAGAUCGGACCCUUCUCCGGUUUGACAGAUGAGCAAGUACUUCAGGAUGACGGGAGCUCCAACCAUCGCAGAGAUCUUCGUCAAACCCCUAUUGUGAUGUUUGAUAUUUUCAACUUCUACAAACCCAUUUCUACCCUGAUGUCUGUGGCGAGUCAGGCCUUGGAAAGGCUGUGGGACACGGUCGAGCACCUCCUCUUGUCUUUGAUAACCCACAGUGAUCCCAAGUUAGACCAACCGCAUGAUCCCAACAACACCCAAGUGUCUAGUUACUUUCUCUCUUGGGCCAUUAUUGCGUCCAUUGUGAUGCUGUUUGCAUUUUGCGCCAAGCGAUACUUUCUCAAUCCGAUCUUUCAACGAUGGGACCGAGAACAGGAGCUGAAACUCAGUCGGUUCUUAGGUGGAAGUGGCCAGCAUUCCAAAGUGGGUCCUGCUCCGGGUACUUGCCUGAAUAACAAUAGCUCUCUUUCUACUCCCACGGGAGGGAACUCGAAGCGUUUUACCAAAUGCACAACGGUUUCCUCGAACUCCUUCUCGUCGGCUCGAUGGACCAAUCAAUGCUUGGAGAACAUUUUCUACGUUCCAGCAGUGAGACAGAGGUUCUUAAAUGCCUGGUUGUCGGCCUUGAAUCAACAUUGCACUUCAGUGGGCCCACAGUGCUCAUUUUUACUAGAAUUUACCGAGAUAUCCGUGGGCGAGGAACCACGUUUGCCCGAUGUUGUAGUUCGAAGGCGAAAUCCUCGUGAAAUGUGCGUGAUAUCUGACAUCGAGAUGGCUUCGUUACUUUUUGGACUUCGAGUGUACUCAACGUCACAACCGGAGGUCAUCUCGUGCUCUUACGUGCUGGCCUUUGAGCGACUCACAUCCACCGUGAAGGCCGUCGUUCGAGGAGCGGGGCCUAGCCCAAACGGCCCAGAAGGCUCACGGAAGGGCUUGUGUGAAUUUGCCUGGAGCCGGACACCGGAGGUGAAAUUGGUACCCAGUGCAUCGAUUAAUGAUUUCCAUCUCCUCGCGGCCUCGUUUCCCGAGGACCGAGACAUUAGUGAACGAAUUGAGCGCACCGCCUUGGAGGCUCUGAUCUGCACAGAUUUUCAGCUUGACACUUAUUUACUCGGGAUGCAAGAUUACUUGGAACAGGCCAAGCCCCACGUCUCACCUCUACUGGAGCAGAUCCGGCUUUCUCCCACGGCAGAUCUGAGCUCGGCGACUCGUCUCAAAGUAAGUCUCAUUCGCGCCUCGUUAGCUGAAUCCAGGGCCCUUUCCUUCUACGGAACAAUCAGUUUGGAUUAUCCGCACCAAUUACUCGAAACACUCGGUCCGGGAUCUGAGGACGAUGAUGAUGAUGAUGAUGAUUUGAGUCAACAGAAAGAAGCUGGUCACGAUGAUGGACAGGCAUCCAAAUUAGACGGACAAUCCAAUUUGCGCGAGAACGGUCGAAAGGCUUAUGGAUCGCCGCAUAAGAAUGCAAAAUCGCCGAGCUCAACGAGGACCAUCGACUUCAGCCAAUCUUUUGAACUACUCGUGGAUCCGCUCAAUAGCAAACAUGUGACCAUUCAACUCUGGCGGGACUUGGACGAUUCCGUACUUGCCACGUACACUUUUCCCAUUUGUGAUCUGAUGUGUCCCGUUCGCCAAUCACAUGACAUCAAUCUCAGUAAAACUGAUAAGGAAGCAAAUGGGCAUGGGAACGGGGAGCAAUCUCUUGGAAUGGAACAUGACGGAACAUCGCUCAAGGUCAAGUUCCAUUUCAUCUGUGGUCCAUCCAAUCGGAAAGCGAAUCCCUCUGGUCCACAUCCACCUCCUCCUCCUGUUCCUCCUCCCACCUCCUCCUCGUCGUCAUCGACCCCACCUCUACCAACAUCCACACCAGACCCUUUGGUUUCCAAUUCAAUGGACACUGUGGCUAAGAGUGUGGUAACCAAGCAAGUGAUGGGUCCAAAGGGCCGACUUCAGACUGCUUCCAAUACCAUCAUAUAUCGACAAGAUGGGGACGGAAAGAGCCGAUCCAAGAAUAUUUCUCCCAUUGGAUCGCCAAAUUCAGCCGUCGACAACCCCGAUGCGAGUGAGGAGAACUUUUCCCGCUUCCAAGUGGCUCAGAUUGCCUUGAGCGACCUUGAGAAACUGCGCCAAAAUCGAGGCUUCACAGCUGCCACCACCGUAUUGAGGAUUCGCUCCGUGCAGAAGCAUGCUCUCUCGGCCGAUUGCACUUCAAAAUUUUCGGAAAUGUCCUCUGAGGACACCAGCGAGAAGUCGUUAGAUACGUCUACCAAUGGAAUAGAAGGUACAUCCAUACAGCUUGGCUUUAGUCACCCGAUUGUCCCAAGAGAAAAGAAACGGAGACGACGAUUUAUCUCCAAAAUCCGCAGGAAGUUCCGCAAACAUCCCAAGUCCGCAAACAGCUCCCAAGACUCGACUGCUCCAGAAGUCUUGAAUCCUCUGUCUCCGAUUCAAAGACGAAGAUAUCGGGGUAGGCAGACCAAAAAGUCAUCGUCUCCAGGUUCCAAGAGUGCUGUGAUUCAUUCCACAUCUGAUAUGGUCUCCAAAUCAGACACAAAUUCCACCAAGUCAUCCAAACAUAAAAGUAAGGUCUCCUUGAACGAAGAGACCGAGGAGGAUUAUGCAUCAGAUUCUUCCAUUGAGGCCGAGGCCACUCUUAAUGCCUGGAUGGGACCACUUUCUCUUAGUUGGCAGUCGUUAUCUCGAGUCAAAGGCUCGACUUUGAACAUUCCAAGUGCGGUGAUCGAACCGGAUGCCUCCUCGUUGAGCGAGGUCUCGGCGGGAUCCGCUUCCUCUCAACAAUUAGGCGGAUCGGGAUCCGGUCAGAAUGGCGAAUCCAUCUUAGUUUUAGAGACCAAGGAACCACCAGGAAUCAUCCGGCAUUAUAUCAUCCCGCCAACGGUGGCCAAACGAGUUCGCUUGAAGAAACGGGGCACCAAGCUCCGAAUUGCCAACAAGCAUAUAUUUGCUACUCAGAAAAUAAAAAGUGGUUUACUAUGUGACGUCUGUUCCCAAAAGAUUGGAAACCGAAUGGCCAAGAAGAAGGCCUUUGUGUGCCGAGAUUGCUCACUGACCACUCACAAAACUUGUCAUACCAAAAUCGAAUCGGAUUGCUCAAAAUCAUCUUUACCCGAGAUGGAACUGUAAGUCUGUCUUCCUUGCCCUAUAAAGCUUAUUCCGUUGAACUAUUUCAUAUAACGAUGCCUUUUCUCUUCUCCAUUUCUUAUCAUAUCAUAUGUUCAGACUUAGAGGUGAGUGAUUAUUGUGCAUACUGUAUCUAUUUCUAUUGAACUGGCUUUCCUUCCAUCACACCAUGGGCACACUUAAUAUGGUCGAAAAUGAAUGAUCCUCGUGUUCCAAGGUUAAUUGAUUUUCUGUUCCAGGGAGCACAUUGGUGUCCUAGUUACACCGAGUGACCUCAUCAAUCAAGAAUGAUGUCCAAGCGAUGAUGACGAAGCCGCUAUCAAGAAGAUGCUCACUCGACUUCCGUUGAACCUGGUUCCGCAUUUAUACACACACAUACACACGCAUACAUACUACAUACAACAUAUGAUCGCAAUUACCCACCUUACUACAUUGAACCUUUCAGGCGGUUUCGAUCUACCCGUUCCCACCGGAGCCGAUAUAUUAUUAAUAUAAUUAUCAUUGUCAUCAUUAUUAUUAUCAUUACUAUUACAGUUUAUCUUGCAAUAAAUCAGUCCCCAAAAGCUGA